GAAGUUGUAGGUCAUGGUGGCUGGUGACCUUGGCGAGUUAAUUGCAUGUCUACGGGGAAACACGAGCCUAAAGGUAGGGCAGUGCAAUCCUGAUGUUUCUGUUAAAAACAUCAAGUGUUUGGUGGAGAAGUGCAAAUCACUGGACCCCAAAUCGGUUGCAUUUCGAGAUGAUACUCAAUACUUUUCUCUAUUAUCUGGCUUUAUCAAUCGCCUGACCGAAUGCUAUACUGUCUUAUCGAUUCGUGAAGAUAAUUCAAUGAACGACCAUGCGUUAACUCAAAAGGUCAAUGAGGAACCUUCCACUAUAAUGAACCAGCUGUUUGCUGCCCAAUGUUGGCUGUGUUCGGUUUUGAAGAACAACCUUUCCAAAGUCGAGUUUCUGAAGUUUAACGUGGUAGGCCAUACAAGCAAGGAGUUAAUCAAACUUGCAAAAGUGGCAGACAGUCUUGGUGCAUCAUUUAGCUUACCUGUAUGGAAAUUUGCUUCUAGUAUUAUGAAACAAUACAAGUGUGAGGUCCGUAAUUACGUACAUGAAAUUUCGAAAGGCAAAGGGGAUUCUGCAAGGAGAGGAAUCGAAAGUUUGUUUGGCGAUAUAUUGAAGUCCAUCGUGGAUUCCUUACACUACUACUAUGAUAAGUGCAGUCGUCCAUACUCUAAUGAAAUGGAAACAAAGAAGAUAAAUGUUAAAGAUACUGAGAACAGUAUCCAGAUGUUAAACCUUCUCAGUCGCAUUUUUACCUUUUGUAUUCGAGAGUUUACAAAGGAAAUUUUAACUUCAGACAUAGAUUCCGAAGCAAGAGUCAUUUUUGCUGAUUGGCUUUUAUGGAUGAUAAAUGUAUCUUAUGCUGGUGGAUCAUAUCCUAUAGGCCACGAUUUUCCCGCAAGCGUUGCUGAAGAACUGAGUAGUUCAUUUUUUCUUUCAGUUGAUGUUGUUCUGUCCCAUGUGGUCACCUUGCAUCCAUCCUAUGAAAGUCAAGAAAAUUGUUCACUCUUUGUUCAACUAAUAUCCCGUCCAGGUUUUGAUGCUCCAGUGACCUGUCGAAUCUAUGGUAAAAUCCUGGGCAACCUUGCUCGGCAUCCUAAUUCGUAUUCUCGUUGGAUGAAUGAUAAUUUCAAUCUUUAUACGGAGUUGUUCAAUGCAUGUGGAAAGAUUGACUUAAGUUUGCCAGGGAAGAAGGAUGGAACUAAAAAUCAGGAAUACCCAUAUUCUGGUGAAUUUUAUAUUACCAUUUUGCAACAGAUUAGUGCUUCAGUUUGUGGUCUAUCCAUGGCUUGUUUCCCUUUUUUAGAGACCGCUCUGCUACCAUCUGUACUAUCUGAACACCCAUUCGUCCACUUAUUAGCAAUGGAUGUAUGGUGCUUUGUUGCCCGGUAUGGGACAAGUGACCUGUGCUUACAUUAUGUAACACUUCUAACUAGUAUUGUCAAUAAAGUUGCACGAAAAAUACAGAUGGAAAACUGUGUAAAUGAAUCUCAUUCGCUUAGUUUGAUGAGUAUGGUCUCUCGUCUCAGUCAUCUUCUAUCGAGACUGAUUGUUUUUCUUACGCCUAAACAACAGAGUGUUUAUCUUCAUCAAAACUCACUCAAAUAUGUCAACCUUAAUUCAGCUUCAGAUUCAAUUAGUUCUUUGUCUAAUUCUUUAAUUUGGUACUAUGCACCUACUCCAACAAGUCGGUUACAAAAGGUUUCCUGCAAUAUUAUUGAACAACAAGUAACUGAACGACUCUUACAUCUAGACAACUUAAUUGAUAUAAACAGUAUUUCAGCCAACUCAUCGCAAACUACUUAUUUACUAACGGAAGUAUGUCUUUGUCUCCGUCUAAUAAACUGUCUAUCUGAGCGGCAAAGGAGGUCCAGCUUAUGCAUUAUUGGUAAAGGCAUUCAUUUUCUGCUAAAAUGUCACCAAAUUGAUAUACCGGUGGUGAAUAAUUUAUUCCCAUAUUCUACGUUUUUAAAAUCAUGGACUUCUCAACCCAUUUCCGUUUUGUUGGUUUGUAUAUCAAGUUGGUUUCCCAAAGUGUGUUCUAAUUCUCUUAGUGAUCCUAACCCUCGUCCUGAAACAGAAAUAUUGGAUGAUCUGAUAAAGUUAUCUUUUUUAUCGAAUGUAACGCUUCCUGUCUUACCGGAAUGUUUCUUCUCGAUACUUAAUGCAUGGAAUUCGUUGUUCAAUUUCUCAAUCACACAUAGAUAUUUAAAAACAUGGGUAGGUUUAAGUAUUGUUAUUUAUUAUCGUGCUACUACUUUUGUAGUUGGUUUAUGUAUAUCAACUUCUUGGUUUUAUUGCUUUCUAUAUCUGAUUGUCUGAAGUAGAGUGGACGCUAACUGCGUUAAUACAGAACUUCUUUGCUUGCAAUAGCCACUGUCUAUUACAAUCGAUUACGUUUAUUCGUUUGAGUGGUUCAAACCUAUAGUUAAUAUGAUUUUUCGCUUACGGUUGGUUGCGUCGAAAACAGUUUUCACUAUGGAUUACUGUAAUCUAGAGAGAAUUGUGAGAACGCGGGAAGUAUUGGUCAACUGGUUUUCAUUGGUUUAGGCUCAGUCAUCAUUUUUGUUCUCCAAAUUGUAGUAAUUCACCUUGAAUAUCUUCUCUGCCGACUCAUUUUUAUUUAUUCAGCUUUGCUGUACUUAAAAGAGUCUGUACCUUAGGUGAGCUGGCUGACUCAAAAAUAAGAGGAACGAUUAUUUAAUCUUCACCGAAUAAACUUAUAUAUAUUGCUUUCUCACUUUUAUGUUUCCCGUUUAUUCGGUAUAUAGUUUCAGGAAUUGAAAUCGAAUAUCGACCAGCUUCAGUCAAGGAUUACAUCUGAUCAUUUCUGUGCAGAUCUUUUAAAAUCACUUCAAAAAGUAAUGCUACUUGUUUUCCAUAUAUGAAGUCGAUUUAAUUUAUGUAAUAACGAAUGCAUUAUUAUCUGGUUUACUGUUUUGAUUGUUUAUUUCUGCUUUAAAGUUUUAGUUCAAAGGCUCAUUCAUUUCUUUUAGCACCAGGGCCAUUGGUUCUGGUCUUAGUUUGAGAAAUUUAUCUUGGUCAUCCAAGUAGUAUCAUGUUCUUUCGUGAAACAAGUGUGACUAACAGUUUGUAUAAUCUGACUUGUAUUCCACCACUUGCAUUCACCAUUGGUCUUCUAGUUGCAUCAGCCGUAACGGCGUAAUUGCUGACGAAAUUCCAUCUUAGAUACUGGAGGACCGUUUAACAUUUGCCAACCUGCGUCAUCUAUGGCACCGACUGGCGAGAUAUCCGACUAUCUAUCAGAGAACGAGUAUAGUACGCUGCAGUCUGUUCUGUCCUGUUGUACGGCUGUGAGACAUGACCGUUAAAAGUAAAAUAUAUGAAGCAGUUACAGGAUUGGAAAAGCAAGACAGGCUUUCAUUAACCUGAAACCAGUGUGGAGAUCUUCUGCACUCACCGUGUGGAACAAGAACCGGAUUUUCAACACCAAUGUCAGUCAAGUCAGUGCUUCUAUAUGGUUCAGAGACUUAGCUCUUUACGAAAGACAUUUCCAACAAACUACAGAUAUUCAUCAACAACUGCCUACGCUCGUUACUGAAGAUCAGAUGGAUUGCCAGAAAGAAUAAGCAACAAGGAACUCUGGCCUGGUGAUAGACCAACCAAGAACCUAUCGCCCAACAAAUAUGCAGAAGAAGGAAGUGGAGAUGGAUUGGGCAUGCACUGAGAAGACCAUUCGGGGACAUCACGCGCCAGGCACUCGAGUGAAACCCAGAUGGGAAACGAUGAGUUGGGUGUCCGAGGUAAGGGUGACAUGGAGGAGAUGGUGUCAGGAAGAAAUGAGAGCUUGUUGGCAGUCAUGGAACCAGGUUCAAAAGAUUUCAGAUAACAGAGUGCACUGGAGACGUGCUACUGAAGCUCUAUGUUCCAUUAGGAACCCAAGGGACAAAUAAUAAUAAUUACAGGGUUCGACCUCAGAUAUCGUCGUAGCAUUGCUUGCCUUUGGUGGUAUCACCGUAUGAGCAAUGUUGAGGUCAGGCACAGGUGACUAGGUAAAACAGAAAAGUUGUGAACCUUAGUUGACUGGGAUGGCUUGGACAUGUACUAUGCAUGCCAGUGAGAGCCGUCGCCUACCUUGACGUGCGAUGCUAGGGGAAGUUGGGUUGGGUUUUUUAGAGGGUUAAGGAUGGCUAGACGAAGACGUGGCGUCAGUCGAUGAAGUCUCUUAUUGUUGGUCUGGGUCGUAUGUGGAGGUAUAUAUGAUCCUUUUCAGUAGCCGUAUUUUAUUGAUACUGACAUCAUUCAUGACCAGUACCAUGAAAAGGCUGUUAAAUAUCACUAUGAAGUAUUUUUUUUAAUCGUUUGUUUAUUAUUGAAAAUGUAAUAAGUCAAAUAUCACCGCAAAAGCGAACCGUCACAUUCAGUCAGAAGCUCCGCACUGCAUAACCUACCAUACCGUUGUACGUUCUUUGUUAGGCAUUGCUCUCAUGGGUUAUAGCUAUUUCAUUGGUCGAUUUGUAUCACUGAUUGAGAUAUACAGUUUAUUUUAUAGCUUCACAAUUGUGACCUUUUGAUAUUUUCUGUGAAAAAGAAAAUUUAACUACACACUGUGUAGUGCGUUCCACUAUCGCAGGCUUAUGUUAAUGUGUUGCACGUAUGCAUUCCGUAAUUUAGACAGAUUACUUCUUAUAGUUUUGUUAAAGUUUAUUAAUGGGGGAACUGAUUGUUUUGGAUUAUUUUUAUGUUCAUGCUUUUAAAUUCUUUAUCAUUCCACUUUUUUUCUUUUUCAUACAGAAACUUGAUUCGGUUAGUUUAAUAAAACCUACCAUCUCCACACCUGAACUGACUAAAAUGCUUCCCUCAUGCAGUCACAAUGAUGAAGAUGAAAUAAGUAACUGCCUGCGUGAUAUGUCUUCAGCACUGAAUCGUUUAAAAUCUGUGUGGCCACCAAAAGGACCUAAUAAAUCUAUUCAAUUUAAUGAAGCACGAAAUAUUUUAAAGCAUUUUUCUGAUUUUAUGUGUACCAGUUAACUAAAUAAUUGUGUUAUCCUUUUUAUUUACUCUUCACUUUGUAAUAAAUUGUAUUGUUUUUUCUGUUCCCUUCCAUGCACAUAUAUCAAUCUAUAUGUAAGCUAUCAAAUAAAAAGGCACUUUUAGAUC